AUGAUGUUCGUGAAAAAGUGUCUGCUGGAUCCUCGACUUGGGAGGGUGGCGUUACCCACAGCGAAUCAUCACCGGAACUUCAGUGUUCACCUAGUGCUGGCGGAGAAACACCGCAAACUCCGGGUGCACCUGUACCGUUGGCUCCUCACCUUGCUGCAGAUUUGCAUCCAGAUCUUCUGCAACAAGGCUGGCGAAAAUAUUGGUCUAAGCGUGAGAACAGACCAUACUUUUGGAAUAAAAUCUCAGGAGAAUCCAUGUGGGAGCUGCCAGCAG